UUCUUAUAGUGAAUUAAAUUCUAUUAGUAUCGAACGCGAUCUACAUGUAAAAAUAUCAUAUGACGUGUUAGAGCUGUGAAAUUUAAUUAACUUUAUCUAUGUUUGCGUUUGAUUAAACUGAUAAAGGACAACAAAUAUAGGGCUUGCCCAAAAAAAAAAAUGGUCAUUAUAACAGCUCAAGGAUCGUCAGGUGCUAGCGUUAUAACUCAAGCUUCGGGAACCACUAGUGGAGAAAAAUUUGCAUUACUACUAUGGAAGAAUUUUCUCUUGCACUGGCGGAGCAAGAUAUCUUCGCUGGUGGAGAUAUUCAUCCCUCCAUUCUUUAUGCUUCUUCUGGUUGGGCUUCGAAGCCUUACCGAAGUAAAGAUUAACAACUAUGAAUCAAUAUAUGAUCCCUUGGAUGUAUCCAACUUUACCGGGAUAAGGAACAACUUGGUGGUUCCCUUCGCACCGGUGAUAGCCUACUCACCGGACACGGCGUUCAUUCGAGAGUUGAUGCUGCCUGUGGCAGAAUGGACUGAACUGCAGUUGGAGAGCUUUCCCAGUUCGAACGAAAUGCAAUACUUUCUCAUGGCCUCGAAUUCCUUCGUUGGGGUACAAUUUGAUGAACGUUACGUAGAGCUAUCUAGUCUCCCGAAAAAGUUGAAUUACACGCUACGGUUUCCCGGAGAACUCCGCGCUCAGUUUGGAAUUACACACACAUGGCGAACGAAUUCGCGCUUUGCCUCGAGACCUGAUGGAGGCGCGCGGUUCUACACAUACGAUGAUGGCGGACCGAGUCCGGGGUAUUUUCGUGAAGGAUUUCUCAGCAUCCAGCAUUUCAUAUUCAAAUCCUUUGUAGCACAAGUGAAAGUAUUAGAACAAGACGUACCGGAUGUGAUAGUGCAACGGUUUCCAUAUCCGCCGUUUAUGGACGAUAAUUUCCCAUCCAGUUUGACGACGUUCUUACCGAUUUCAGUGAUGUUGGCCUUCAUCUACCCGUGUAUUAGUAUUGUGAAGUCGAUAAUAUUUGAAAAGGAAAAACAAAUCAAAGAAGCGAUGAAGAUUAUGGGAAUGAGUAACUGGAUUUUGUGGUGCUCGUGGUUCGCGAAGUGCUUGAUUUUCAUCGUAAUUUCGAUAUCGCUGGUAGUGCUAUUUCUUAAAGUGCCAUGGUACAGCACCCCAGACGUAUCCGUACUUACGCACUCAGACUGGGGAGUGAUAUGGUUGUUUUUCUUUAUCUACGGAAUGGCGAUUAUCACGUUCUCGUUCAUGUUGAGUACGCUGUUUUCCAAAGCAAACUCGGGAGGAGCGGUUGCUGCUAUCAUUUGGUUUUUGGCAUUUGCUCCGUUUGCAGUAAUGGAUCAGGAUUACGGUAGCCUGUCAGUAUCUGACAAGCUCGCGGCAUCGCUGCUGCUGAACACAGCCAUCGGAUUCGGUUUACGGUUGAUCGGAGUGUAUGAAGGGACCACUGAAGGCAUGCAAUGGUCAACUUUAUUUCAUGACAGCGACGUAGACAACAUCAACCUCGGCAUGAUUAUGCUGAUGCUACUGGCGGAUACGGUAAUUUAUCUAUUGCUCGCAUUGUACAUAGAACAAGUGUUUCCUGGAGAUUUCGGGUUGGCAGAACCGUGGUACUUUCCUGUAUCCAAGCGAUUUUGGUUUGGAGAUACUCCGAUGAAAGAAAUAUCGGACAGUGAACCCACCCCGCAGAACGAAAACGUUGAGGAUGAUCCCAAAGGUCGCCCGGUUGGUAUCCGAAUCAAAUCGUUGCGCAAGGUCUACUCCAACAAGAAGGUAGCCGUCGAAGCGUUGAGCUUCAACAUGUUCGAAGGUCACAUUACUGCGCUGUUGGGACACAAUGGUGCAGGUAAAACGACGACCAUGUCAAUGCUCACGGGCAUGAAACGACCGACGUCGGGAACGGCGGAAAUUUGGGGCUACGAUAUACGAUAUGAAAUGAAGAAAAUCAGAAAUUCAUUGGGAUAUUGUCCUCAGCAUAACAUUCUAUUCGAUCGGCUAACGGUACGGGAACAUCUGUACUUCUAUGGCCGGUUGAAGGGUCUGUCGAAGAUCCAGGUGCAGUACGAAAUAGAAAAGUACAUUAAAGCGUUGGAACUGGUGGAUAAGACGAACGUUGGAGCUUCCAGUUUGUCCGGUGGUAUGCAGCGGAAGCUGUGUGUUGGAAUUGCUCUGUGUGCAGGAUCGAAGGUAGUUCUUUGUGACGAACCGACUUCGGGAAUGGAUCCUGCUGCAAGGAGAGCACUGUGGGAUUUACUUAUCGCAGAGAAAAGUCGUCGCACGUUGAUAUUGUCGACGCAUUUCAUGGACGAAGCAGACAUGUUGGGCGAUAGAAUUGCCAUAAUGGCUGAUGGCAAGUUGAAGGCUGUUGGAUCAUCGUUUUUCCUGAAGAAGAAAUUUGGCGUUGGUUAUCGAUUGAUAUGCGUUAAGGCGCCGGAAUGUGAUGUAGUAGCGGUAACAGAGUUACUUGGAAAUUAUAUUACGGACAUUACGGUGGAGUCGAGCAUUGGAUCGGAGUUGUCUUAUUUACUACAUGAGGAAUUUUCGCACAGAUUUCAACCGAUGCUCGAAGAACUGGAGAAUAACAGUGAACGUUUACACAUUUUGGAUUUUGGAAUUUCCCUAACCACAUUGGAAGAAGUUUUCAUGAAAGUUGGCUCGGAUUCAACACACCUCAGUGACGCUGUUAGUAUGAACAGCUUGGCGACUACUUCUACAGAUGUUGAAUCGAACUCAAGCGUUGGUGAAUAUGAACUUUUGGAAGGGUUCAGCCUAUUUAUGUGUCAACUAAGAGCUCUGUUUUUGAAAAAAGUUUAUCAAACUUAUCGCAACUGGUUCCUACUGUUGAUUCAAAUUGGAAUUCCUAUAUUGUUUGUAUCGGUUACGAUUGCCGUUGUACGAGCUUGGGUUGGAUCACGUGACAUGCCUGCUCGUAUUCUAUCCAUCAGGUCUCACAAUCCCUCAGUUACGCUCGUGCAAAUCGAUUUACCUGAACAGCGAUCAGAAAUUACACAAUCGGUCCUGGAUAACUAUUUGCAUCAUCUUCGUUGGACUGAAGGACUUGUCAUUAGUUUGAUAAAGGAGUUUAUCGUGCGUGUAUUUUUGAUACUCGCCGAAGAGAACCUGAUUGUGGUUAACCGACUCUAUAUUAUGGGUGCUAGUAUACUCAAUGACAACUACACGGCAUGGUUCAACAAUGAAGCUUUACAUUCGCCAGCAAUUUCGUUAGCUGCUAUGCACAAUGCAUUGUUACGCACAUUUGCCAACUCAACGACCUAUCGGAUCGAUGUCACGAAUCAUCCACUCCCUUUCACGGACGAAUCGAGAAUUCAAAUGAGCAGAGCGCACAAUAAUCUGGGCUUCCAGUUGGCCUACAACACCGGUUUCGGUAUGGCGUUCGUGUCCGGAUUCUUCGUCAUUUUCUACAUUCGAGAACGUAUAACCAAAGCCAAACUGCUUCAGUUUGUGAGCGGUGUGAAUCGUUUUGCAUAUUGGUUUACCGGAUUCAUUUGGGAUUACUUCAUUUACACCAUUGUGUGUUUGUUCAUCAUUGCAACCGUUGCCCUAUUCCAGGAGCCCGGAUUCAGCACCGGAGAUGAAGUGUUUCGGCUAUAUGCAAUCUUCUUGAUUAUCGGACUUCCAGCGCUUCCAUUGACGUACAUCACAACGCUCUAUUACUCGGUACCGCCAGCAGCUUUCAUCCGCGUCAGUGUGGCAUUUAUCGUUACCGGAACGGCGCUGUUCAUAUUUGUCUUUUUGCUGGGUACGGAAAUGUUCCAAUUGGACGAUCUUGCUGAAACGUUGUCAACGGUAUUUUUGAUAUUCCCUCACUUUGUACUUUGUGAUGCGAUCGUCAAUUUGAGUCGGAUGUCAAUGACGAAAAACAUGUGUGAAGCGCCACGACCCCCAGGAGUGACACCGUUGCCCAUAUGUGGAGAAGAUCUGCAUUACAUGCAGUGGGAUCGCCCAGGAAUUGGUCGACAUUUGUACUAUAGCUUAUUGAUGACCGGAGUGUACUUUGGAAUACUAUUCUUGCUAGACUUCAAAGUUUUGAAGGUACUAGUUCAGAAAACCAGGGAAUUAUACUACAGAGGGCAAUACAAGUUGGAAGUGAACCACAACGAUUUGGAUUCAGAUGUUCGUGUGGAGAAGGAACGGGUUGAAACAAUGACAGAGGAACAGAGAAAAGAUACCAACUUGGUUGCUCACAAUAUAACAAAGUACUACAAUCGCUUCUUGGCGGUAAAUCAACUUAGUGUGGGGAUUAAUAGCUACGAAUGCUUCGGUUUGUUGGGGGCCAAUGGAGCGGGAAAAACUACUACGUUCAAAAUGCUAUCCGGUGAUGAAACCAUAUCUUUCGGAAACGCUUGGAUUAAGGGCAACAGUUUGAAGACAAAUCUGAAGAAGGUUCAUAAACACAUCGGGUAUUGCCCUCAGUUUGAUGCACUGAUAGAGGACCUGACGGGACGGGAAACAUUGAAAUUGUUCUCGCUAUUGCGGGGAGUACCGAAUGAUACAAUCCCACAGAUAUCGUUAUUUCUAGCCAAAGAGUUUGGCUUCGUAAAACACAUGGAUAAGCAGGUAAAAGCCUACAGUGGAGGAAAUAAGCGAAAGUUGAGCACGGCACUGGCCUUGUUGGGAAAUCCAUCGGUGAUUUAUUUGGACGAACCCACGUCGGGGAUGGAUCCUGGGGCGAAGAGAAAUCUGUGGAAUGGCGUCUGUCGCGUGCGGGACAGUGGAAAAACGAUCGUUUUAACGUCUCACAGCAUGGAGGAAUGUGAGGCACUGUGCACACGGCUCUCCAUUAUGGUAAACGGAGAGUUCAAGUGCAUUGGGUCGACGCAACACUUGAAGACCAAGUUUUCGCAAGGAUUUGUGCUGAUUAUCAAAGCGAAGAAAGUGGAAGCGGUCGUUAAGGUCAGAGACGGCUCGGUGCCUGAGGUGACGGAUUUGCAAAAAGUAAAGGACUUUGUAACGAUAAAUUUUACUGAUGCCCAUCUAAAGGAAGAGUAUCAGGACAUGAUCACUUAUUACAUCCGGUCGCAAAAUAUGAAGUGGUCCCAAAUAUUCGGCAUAAUGGAAAACUGUAAACGAACACUCAACGUGGAAGAUUACUCGAUCGGACAAACAAGCCUAGAGCAGGUGUUUCUCUCAUUCACCAAGUUUCAGCGGGAAGAAUAGAAUGCGUUGAUUGUGUUGCGCGGUCAGUGCAAAAAAGAAUAUUAUUUACGUUCCAAAGAUUAUUUGUUUUAAUACGGUUAGUCUAGAUGUAUUAUUUAUU